UCAAAAAGUGGUUGACACUGUGUCACACUGGCUUGCGUCCCCUAACUAGGAAGUGGGUAUCCAAUCGUGCUAAUAGAAAAACAUUGCUUUCAAAUUGUUUCAAAAUCUAGACUCCAAGUGAAUUAAUGCUUACAUAUUAUAAUUAUAGAUCUACACCAACCUAUGGCUAUUUAAUCUUAAUAAGAUAAUGCUGCUGUAGUUUGAAGCUAUUAACUGCUCUAAGACUGAGGCAAAAGGUUAAGUGUUGAAGUCACAACAUUAUUGCAUAGACAAUGGACAAGGCUAUCAGUAUAUUCAUAUUGUGCUUUUUGUGGCAGGAAGUUUUUGUUUCCAGUCAACUUUCAAAUCCCUCAGCAUCGCUAGAGAAUGGUAAUGUAAAACUGACUUUUAAUGUACCAACGAGCCUUAGAGAAGAAUUAACUGUUAUCAAACUAGAUCAUGGUGACGGAAGUCGAUCACAAAAUGUUUUAUUCAUCUACAAAGCUGACUUUAGCACUAAAGUUGAAGCGACCUUUGCAAACAAGUUAACUGUAACAACUUCAGCCUCAGAAAGAAAGGUUGAGGUGGCAUUUCCAGGUGUCCAGUCAGGUGAUGCAGGCAUGUACCAGUGUUGGGAUGGUGCAGGAGCUUCUGGAACUGUGCUACCUAACUGUGGUCAUAAACUGAUUAUUGUUAGAAAACCCAAGCCACCCAGUAUCCUUUCACUGACCAGUGCUCUAGAAGGGCAAACACUAAAACUUUCCUGUAACACUAGCUCUACAAGUUUACCACCUGACCAUGGACUUAACUCAAACAUACUUUGGAGAGAUGAACAAAAUACUAUCAUUGGUAUACCUGCUGGAAGCAAGUUUGUUAUGAAUGCUGACGGCCAUCUUGAAAUACUGAACAUACAACGUCUUGACAGAGGGCGUAAAUUUACAUGUACAUCAUCAGACAAGGCUGAUAAUAUCAAUAAUGCACCAGUCUCUGACCCAAGUCUACCUUAUGAGAUCAAGCCUGAAUACAAACCUUCGUCCAGUGAUAUGGUCCUGGAUCCAGCAAUUGUAAGUGAUUCCAAGAUUGUAAAGCAAGAGAAUGAAGACUUGACCAUCACUUGCACUAUAACCUGUGAACCAGCCUGUUCUGUCCAGUGGUCAUUUCAAGCUUAUGCUUCCUCCAGUUUCAGUCCAGUACAACUGAGUGAGUCUCACAUUUUAAAUCUGAAAGUAAAACAAACAGAUCAAGGAACUUACAGAUGUACUGGUACCAACAAAUAUGGAGAAACUUAUAAAGAGUUUCAACUAGAAGUUCAUUACAUCAAUACCCCUGUGGUCAGGGUUAAUGAGAAGACAGAAGACAGUAGCAGAGUUGUAGAGAAUGAGCAAGUUAGACUUUACUGUACCAUUGAUGCUAAACCAGUGCCAAAGAUCACCUGGAACUCUCCAACUGGAGUUUUGGUGUCAGAAGAAGGAAAACCUUCUCCCCAAGUCUCAAGCAGAGUUUUACAAAACAAUUACACCAGUUCCUACACUCUGAACUCUGUCCAAUGUGAAAACAGUGGGAUGUAUUCUUGUGAAGGCCAUAACAUUGUCAGCUCAGUGGAGAGAAAGAUAAACAUCCUUGUCAUGUGUCCACCAAGUUCAUCCGCCAUUCCUGCCUUAGCUUUGGAACCAGAAUAUGUUUGGGAAAUGUCCAAAAGCUUAAGUUUUUCUUUUGUGAUCAAAGCUUUCCCAGAACCUGAAGUGAUCAGAGUUAUUUCAAUGGUCAAUGAUAUCUCACGUACAGAAGAAAAAAACAAAGAUAUCACCAUAACAAAGUCUAGCAAGUAUGAUGGGAAAGAUUACCUGACAAAAUUUACAUUUACUGUCAUUAGAACACUUGACAUGAAUGACAAAGAUAGAACUUUUAAAAUGACAUUUGAAUCCUCAGAAUUUAAAAGAGAUUUACAAUUUAUCAUCAGACCCAGAGGUCCACCCCAACCAGUGACCAAUAUAACCACAGUAGACAUCACACACAACUCUGUGAAAAUAUUUUGGUUUGCUGCUUUCAAUGGAGGGGAACAGCAAUAUUUCAAUGUGGAAUACAGACAUUUGACUGAGUCUUCCACUUCUCCAUGGACUACUGGUGCAAAAGAUAUCAAAGAUCUUCACCUUUCUGGAAUGUGGACAGAAGCAGUGAUACAAAAUCUAGGCUCCAGUACAGACUACGAGUUUAGAAUAGUUUCCACUAAUAGCCUUGGUACUGCACAAUCUCUACCAUUCAGAGUCAGAACAUUGGAAGGUCCUGCUGAAGCUCUCUCAGGUGGUGCCAUUGCUGGUAUAGUCAUUGCUGUCCUUAUCAUCAUAGCUAUUGUGCUUAUUGUUCUCUAUGUUUUCAUCUACAGAAGGAGAUGGGGAAAACAAAAAGAAACAGGAGAGACCAGGAAAGCUAUGCUGCCUGCAGGUCUGACCAAAGUCUUCAAUAGAGCUCCUAAGAGCAAUGUGAAACAGGAACCAAAUGGAAUGAGUCAGUCUUCGGCACCUAGUGAUAAAUCCAAACAUGCUUCAAUAUUCAAAACUAAGAAACUGUUACAUCCUAAAUCAAAACCUAAGGAGUUAUACCCCAAUAGGAAGAACUCUGAGGAAGAGAGUGACAAUGAGAGUUAUGAUGAUGAUCGCUUCCAACAGGAAGAUGGGGACUACAUCAAUACUGAUCUGAGACCAAUGGAGCCUGAUAGAGAUGAGUAUUUGAAUGCUGGGGAUUUGAGACGCCAAAAAGAAUACAAUCAAAAAGAGGCAGACAAAAAGAGGAAUAAAGAUGCUCUGAACUAUGUUUCUAUUGACUUUGACAACAUCCAGAAAGCUAGGGAUAAAAAGAAAAAGAAGAAAAACAAAGAGUUACCACCCCGUGAGACUGGACCUUACUCUGAGAUUGACUUUGAAAAGACACAAGCCCUACGGCAAAAAAUGUUGGCUGAAGAAUCGACAGAGCAAAUGUUGGCUGCAGAAUCACCGGAGCACUUUGAGAAUGAACCCAGUGUGGACACUAGCGCUGAGGAUAAUGAUGACAGGAAGCGACAGCCUUUGGAGCUUAUGGGAACAGCUGUGUGAGAAAAUUGUGGUUCUUUCUUUGUCUUCUGGUCAAAGUUCAUUUAAAUGUAAAUAAAGCUCAAAGGUUGUGUGCAUAUACUUAACAAAACAAACAUUUUGAUGAUGUAUUUGUUGUUGUAUUUGCAAAUAUUGGCUCGUUUCUUUGAGAGAGUAUAUUAUACAAAGCAUUUUUGGUGGCUGUUAAGACCAAGUUCAAUACAUAUUGGAAUAAUUGUCAUCAUCUCUGUACAUAUAUAAACAUUUUUAAAGGUGUGUUUUACAAGGUUCUUGUAAAUAUUGUGUGUACAUUUGUAUUUCUUGUUUGUACACAUGUGUUUGUAUGUGCAUCAACUUCCUGCCAUAAAAUAAUCUGAGAUAUUUUGAAUGUGGAUUGUGGAUGUGCCUUGGAAAGCUUUGAAGAUAAAUUGUUAAUUGAGAUUGAUGCUUUGUUCAUUUUACUCCUAAUUGCUAUUUUUUUUAAAACUAUAAAUGACAUUAGUUUUUAAGGAGGGUAGCAAUGGCCACUGCACUGUCUACUUAAUAUUCUAGUAUGCCAUGUGCCUCUACAGUUAUGAAGGCUAGUAGCAUUUUUGCUUAUACAUAAUAAUUUAAGGAUGCCUUGGUGUGCUGAACAAUACAUUUAAGUUUCAAAUUGGCUUUUAAUUUUGAAUGUUACUUGAUACUUGUUUAUUUUUUUUUUUAAAUCCUCAAUAUAACAAAUGCAACAGUUGAUUCAUUAGUUUGUUUUUAAAUACUUCAAGUAUACAAUCAUCUAGGUAAACAGAAAUGUGCAAUACUUAUAUUUACACUACUUUCUACUAUUGAGUCACACUAUGCCCGUUCCUUCAUCUUAAAAUAUAUACCUAGAGACAAAAAAUGUAAGUUUGAUUUGAUUGGUCACAAUAGCAUUUUAUUUUUAGGUCAAUAUUUUACUUUAGUAUUUUAGAGGGAUGUAGUUGCACUAAUAAUAAUAAUAAGGUUUGUCUUUGAGUCCGAAGAUUAGUGAGGAAUGCAGUAUUUCCCAUGGCUGCGCAGCCCCAGCUGUAACCUACAUAUUUUGCCACUCCCAGGGCAAGCAUAAUCAUUGUCCGCAGGUGGUCAAUUUAGAUUUUCUUUUUGCCGUCUGCGUCUGUCCUCUGCAGCAGAUUUUCUUUUGGUCUCAAAUGUGUAUCCCGCAGCCUUUGUGAGUGACCUCUAGCUGUCUCAUUCUGAGGCCUCUUCUAUGUCCGCUAAGGCAAGUUGGCACCAAAGUCUGCCAUAGUAAAAGGUGAAAUCUAUUAUUGUCUUACCCAUGAUAACUAUUACUUCAUAUGUAGUUUGUAAUCUUUUGUCCACGUUUCCUUAGAUAGUUUCCUGUGAAGUAACAAGCACUGGAAAUUUUAAUCAAAGACUACAUUAUCUUCAUUGGGGGCUACAUUAGGUGGACCUCCCGUAUUCCAAAAGAGGAAACUUCUAGAACAUUAAUCAUGCAAUCUAGUUGUUGUUCAUGUCUAUGAAGAUGAUAUUUCUUGUUAUUCAUUCCUAACUCAGGAUGACAAAAAGUGGAUCUUUUGGAUGUUCUGGGUUUAUCUCCAGUUUCCAAGGAGACAAAGUAGAAUGUUAUGGUAUACAGCUAAUUCAAAAUUAUGUUUUUCUCUCUUCUUGCAGUUGUACACAUUCUCAUUUCCUAGUAACAAUUGAUAUUAUUUGAAGUUUGAUUGGUAUGUAAAGUGGUGACAUUUGCUUAAAACUUUUUAGUUAGCUUAAUUUAUUCUGUAAAGACCUGUAACACUUACAUUCUAGACAUACUAUGAACUAUAUAGGUUAGUGCAAUUUAGAGAAUUCAUUAACAUGACCAAGCCUUGUGCUUCAGCAUUUACAAGUUGAAUAAUUACAACAAACACAUAAUUAUAGUUAAAACCAAAGUAUCUUUUAAUAUAUGAUUUUUUAAAACACUAAGACCAAUAACAAUUAACAAUGGUCUUCUUGAUGUUCUUGUUGGUCAGUUUCAUUCCAUUAACACUGUUUCUUGUAUAGACAAGACUUUUGUCCAGCUCAACAUGUUACAAUAGUAUAGACGAUUAUGAUUGUUUUGAGGGUUCUUAAUUUGAAAUGUGAUCCUUGAGUGGCGUACAUAGAAAAACCCCCCACUAAAAUUCUACCUGAUAAUGUGAUAAGCUUCAUGGCAUAUUAAUGAACUAAAUAAGAUUUCUGUCAUGCAUCUGAUUUAAUAUCAGGAUAUUCUCAACUAAGACAAAUAUUUUUGUUAAGUUCAUUAUAUAUUUUUAUAAAAACAAGAGAUUAUAACCAAAUGAAUAAAUUUAAUUCACUUAUUUUCCCUUUGGAAAUCUUGAACAAGAAAUGUACAAUACAAUAGAAUGGACCAAACAAAUGAUCUUAUAUUUUAAGACUUUUUUUUAUAAAGACAUUCCACUUCACUGUUUUGAAAUAACUUUUGAACCAAUGUCUGCUGAUUACUUACUUGAUCCUAUAUGUGUGUUUAUUGAAUUGAAGAAGCUAAAAAACAUUUGAGUUUGCCUUGAUGUUCAAGAUAUUUAUGAUUUGUUCUGAAAAGUGCCUCAUACAUUGCCUCAUUGUAUACAUUCCUUUGUCCAUUCUCUCAAUUGAAAGUAAGAGCAGAAUUAAGCCAAUAAAUCCUAUUCCUAAUAUUGUUAGGUAUUGUUUGAAUCUCACUGGAGUAUUAAAAGAAUUAUGUGUUUACAGGAAUGAGUAACAUUAUCAGUCAUUCUGCAAACUGAACUCAUGUAUUCAAUAUUAUCACCUGACUCUUUGAUAGAAUGUAUCCACACAUUUUGCUUCAGCAUAUAAAGAUGUUUCAUAUAUUAGUUAUUCAAGGUUGUAUGAGAUGUACAGGGUUUUUAUUUAUGUGUGACUUUGUGUAUAGUAUACAACCUGUUAACUUCAUGGCAUUCAUCUAGGAUACCAGAUACAUGUUACAAAUUGUAAUUGUACAUUUUCUAAUUAUGAGCAUUAAGCCUUUUUUACAGAACAUUUUGCUAUUUUGAGAAUAAAGAAACAGAUUUUUUUUUAUAUCUACAUUCUACAAGCUUCUUUUUAUGCUGUGUCUCACAUAUUUUUUAGAAAUAUAUGUGUAAACUAUAUUCACAAAUUGUGAAGGUAGUUAUAUAAAAUGUGUACGUCUUUGUAAUUAUAGUAACAUUCCUAAUUCAUUUAAUGUUAUUACAAAUAUAACAUUUAAUCAGUGCUAUUUCUCAAGCUAAUCCACCAUCACAUAUCCCACAGAAUGUACAACUGGAUAAAGGAAUAUCUAAAUCAUCGAAAAGCUUGAGUUUGCAUGCAAGGGCAAAGAGGUCACACAGUGGGUAUAAAAAUGGCGUCCCCCAAGGAGGAGUCCUAUCCCCAACACUUUGCCUAAUAUUCAUAAACAAUCUAAAUCAAAACCUACCAAGAAAAGUUAAAAGCAGCAUGUAUGCAGAUGACCUUGCCGUAAUUAGCACAGAAGAAUAUGUGGGAACAUCGAAAUUUCGCUUACAAGAUGCUCUCGAUAAACUCAAUAAUUGGACCAAAGACUGGGGCAUGUCCAUCAACUCAAAAGGGAGGGCAAAUUCCACCCACUGAUCAGGCUGUAAGCUUUCAUCAAGCCCUGGCUAUAAUACAAAAAACAAAAUGGAAAAGUGGUUUGAGUGCUGGGACAAGUCCCAAAAAGCCCGUGGAGUCUGGGAGCGCAUGAGGCCCCUGGCCGCACUUCCCCGUGGUGGAGGCUGUCCAGGCUUGAGCAAGCUAUUAUAGCACAGUGCAGGACAGGCCACUGUCCUGUUGGCUCAUAUUUCUCGCGGCUAUGGCCAAAUUUUGAUUCACGGUGCCCCCGCUGCGGGGAAGAAGAGGAAACCGUGCCUCAUAUUCUGUUUGACUGCCCCAGACUUGCUGGUCUCCGUCUCGACAGGUCUGGGAAACCCAAGGUUCUCGACCUGUAUGGCGACAUUUAUGCACUAUGCAAGACAGCAGGGUUUCUGUCCAGGGCUUUUGCAAGAGAGGAUUUGAGCCUCUCAAGCCCUCACUCUAAUGGAGUUUGAUGAUGAUGACAUAUGUAACACAUUUUAACCUAAGAUGAAAAGGUAUAUGUUUCUUUAACUAAAUCUUUGUAUCAGUAACUAAUGAAAUCAAAGGCAACAUGAUACAUUUAGGACUCACUACUUGUGAUAACUUGGACUGGAAGCAGUAAUUUCCUUACCAGAGCCUAUUCUGUAAUCAACAAAAAAUAAAUUUAUCCUCUCUAUACUCUAAUAUGUAUUGUUAUGAGUGUGUUUACAUCAUGACUGUGUCUAGUUCUACUCUAUACUUCUUUCUGUCAUGUUAUCAAUCAUACAAAAAUAUUUUUAGUUUUUCUCUUUAAAAAAAUUAUUCUAUAAUAAUUUGUUAAAAAUAAAUUAUUUUCUUUUCAUGAA